UCGGGGCCUUUUCAAAUCGGGAUCCGUUACCGCUUCCCCGGCAGCCGCCAUUGUCGCGCUCGGAGCCCCUCAGCUCAGGCGGCCGAGGCGGAGGCAGCGGCGGCGGGAUGGCGGACGCCAACAAGGCCGAGGUGCCCGGGGCCACUGGUGGCGACAGCCCGCACCUGCAGCCCGCGGAGCCGCCGGGCGAACCGCGGCGAGAGCCGCACCCCCCGGAGGCGGAGAAGCAGCAGUCGCAGCACAGCAGCAGCUCCAAUGGCGUUAAAAUGGAGAAUGAUGAAUCAGCGAAAGAAGAGAAAUCUGACUUAAAGGAAAAAUCUACAGGAAGUAAGAAGGCCAAUAGAUUUCAUCCUUAUUCAAAAGACAAGAAUUCGGGCACUGGAGAAAAGAAGGGUCCUAAUCGUAACAGAGUUUUCAUUAGCAACAUCCCAUAUGACAUGAAAUGGCAAGCUAUUAAAGAUCUAAUGAGAGAGAAAGUUGGUGAGGUUACAUACGUGGAGCUCUUUAAGGAUGCGGAAGGAAAAUCAAGGGGUUGUGGUGUGGUUGAAUUCAAAGAUGAAGAAUUUGUAAAGAAAGCCCUAGAAACUAUGAACAAAUAUGAUCUUAGUGGAAGACCCCUCAAUAUUAAAGAGGAUCCUGAUGGAGAAAAUGCUCGUAGGGCAUUGCAGCGAACAGGAGGAUCAUUUCCAGGAGGACAUGUCCCUGAUAUGGGAUCAGGGUUGAUGAAUUUACCACCUUCCAUUCUCAACAAUCCAAACAUUCCUCCUGAAGUCAUCAGUAAUUUGCAGGCCGGUAGACUUGGUUCCACAAUUUUUGUUGCCAAUCUUGACUUCAAAGUUGGUUGGAAGAAGCUAAAGGAAGUGUUCAGCAUAGCUGGAACUGUGAAGCGGGCAGAUAUUAAAGAAGACAAAGAUGGCAAGAGCAGAGGAAUGGGCACUGUCACUUUUGAGCAAGCAAUUGAAGCAGUUCAAGCAAUUUCUAUGUUCAAUGGGCAGUUUUUAUUUGAUAGACCUAUGCAUGUGAAAAUGGAUGACAAGUCUGUUCCUCAUGAAGAGUACCGUUCACAUGAUGGUAAAACACCACAAUUACCACGUGGUCUUGGAGGCAUUGGGAUGGGACUUGGUCCGGGUGGACAGCCUAUUAGUGCCAGCCAGUUGAACAUAGGUGGAGUAAUGGGAAGUUUAGGUCCAGGUGGUAUGGGAAUGGAUGGUCCAGGUUUUGGAGGAAUGAAUAGAAUUGGAGGAGGAAUAGGGUUUGGUGGUCUGGAAGCAAUGAAUAGCAUGGGAGGAUUUGGAGGAGUUGGCCGAAUGGGAGAGCUGUACCGUGGUGCGAUGACUAGUAGCAUGGAGCGAGAUUUUGGACGUGGUGAUAUUGGAAUAAAUCGAGGCUUUGGAGAUUCCUUUGGUAGACUUGGCAGUGCAAUGAUUGGAGGGUUUGCAGGAAGAAUAGGAGCUUCUAACAUGGGUCCAGUAGGAUCUGGAAUAAGUGGUGGAAUGGGUGGCAUGAACAGUGUGACUGGAGGAAUGGGGAUGGGACUGGACCGGAUGAGUUCCAGCUUUGAUAGAAUGGGACCAGGUAUAGGAGCUAUACUGGAAAGGAGCAUCGAUAUGGAUCGAGGAUUUUUAUCGGGUCCAAUGGGAAGCGGAAUGAGAGAGAGAAUAGGCUCCAAAGGCAACCAGAUAUUUGUCAGAAAUCUACCUUUUGACUUGACUUGGCAGAAACUAAAAGAGAAAUUCAGUCAGUGUGGUCAUGUAAUGUUUGCAGAAAUAAAAAUGGAGAAUGGAAAGUCAAAAGGCUGUGGAACAGUCAGAUUUGACUCCCCAGAAUCUGCUGAAAAAGCCUGCAGAAUAAUGAAUGGCAUAAAAAUCAGUGGCAGAGAAAUUGAUGUUCGCUUGGAUCGUAAUGCAUAAUUUGAAGCCAUGGUUGGAACAUUCCUACAUCUGUUUUGCUGAAUCUCCUAGUAAAAGUCAUUUUUUUUAAGUAAUAUUGUAUGCUUACAAAAGCUGUAAAAAUGAACUUUUAAAACUCCCACCAGCUUUUAACAGUAUAAUGUUAAAAAUAUACUGUAAUUUUUGUUAAUCUCAAGUUUGGGUUUUUAAAGACAGCAAAUCUGGUCAUUCAGUUUAAAUGAAUGGUUAUACUGUUUUUAAUGAAAUAAGCCAUUUUCUUGUUGUUUUCAGUACUACGUAGUUGGAUUUGUUUGUUCUAGUUUCUCCAGUUUUUGUCAACUUAUUGUAUGGUAAAACAUAGAUUUUUUUUCCCCAAAACUUCUGUUUUACAAUAUGUAAUUUUUCAUGAAAAGAAAGGGCUCAGAAAAAUUAGGAUGUGAUUUUGGUUGGUUUUAAAUUACUGUAAGUAAGUUUUAGAUCUAAGGUUCAGGAUUUUUAAAAUUUGAUUUAAAUGAAGAAAUGGAUUUUUCUCUCUGCCCCUCCUGCCAUUCAUAUUUUCUGCAUAACACUAUUAAUAAUAUCAACCUCCACAGCCCCUUAUUUUAUUAUUUCCAAUAAUUCCAAGUUCAUAUAGAACUGAUAAUGUAGCAAGCCCCAAGUAUGAUAAUAGGCAGACUAUUCCCAACUUUCUGUCUAGUUUCCAGCCAUUGAAGUGAACUGCUAAAAAAAGAAAAAUAAUUGAAACAUUGAGAGAGAUGGUUAUGUAAGUUAGUCCUCUGCUGUUUACUUCUACAGGAGCUGAUCCAUUUAUAAAUGCAGUUUUAAUAAACCAUGGAAUACCAAGGCACAACAUAUCAAACACAUUGGAUCCCACGAUGUUAGACAUAGCCAUAUCUCCUUUCCCUACAAAAGAAAAGCAUACUGUUAAAAUGUGCUUACCAAUACUGUAUUUUAUUAAUAAUCUUCAUAAGAAAAGAAACACUGGAUACUUUUUUGUUGUUGAUUCGUUUUGAAAAAUUGUUGUUAGAGCAAAAGUCUUACUGAAUUUGUAUUUUAAAAUUUUUCUUGGGUUAGUAUUUAAAGUCUUAACAUUUAUUUAAUAAUUAUAUUUAUUAAACCAUUUUUCAAUAAGGUGUAUAGCUUACUUGUUGCUUUUCAUUGUAAUUUAACAUGGUUAAUGGUUAAUUACUAUUUAAUGCACAUUUCAAAUGAAUAUUAUUUGGGGGAUUAGAUUGAGUGAAAUUAACCUGCUAUUAAAUAGUAAACUUUCCCUCUUCAGUCACUUUUUUUUUUUCCCCCUUCAAAGUAUGUUACUGAGGAAGUAAACUUUUUUUUUUUUUUUUUUUUUUUUUUGAAACACGGUCUUGUUCUGUUGCCUAGGCUGGAGUGCCAUGGUGCAAUCUUGGCUCACUGCAACCUCCGUCUCCUGGAUUCAAGCAAUUCUCCUGCUUCAGCCUCGUGAGUAGCUGGGAUUACAGGCGCAUGCCACCAAGCCCGGCUAAUUUUUGUAUUUUUAGUAGAGACUGGGUUUCACCAUGUUGGUCAGGCUGGUCUCAAACUCGUGACCUCGUGAUCCACCCGCCUCAGCCUCCCAAAGUGCUGGGAUUACAGGCGCGAGCUACCACACCUGGCCGGAAGUAAACAUUUUUAAAGCUACUUUUACUCAUUCUAGCCUUGUAGAAUGACCAUUGCAGCUUGAGGGACCUAGUUCUUACCUUUUCUUGCAACUAACACACUUGCAAUUGUGUCUGGUAUGCUUGUUCCUGCUGCUAAUAAAGUAAGGCCCAUUACUGUAUCUGGAAUUUCUAGUGUUUCCCCUGUAAUAAACAGAUAUUUCAAGUUACAAAUCUUAAAGAUUCACUAACCAUCCUUUGCAGUUAUUUUGGAUAUUUCCUUCCUGAACAAAAAUAAAAUAGGCACAUUUAGAAUUCAGAGCCAAUAUGUGCUUGCUUAGUUUUUUUAGCUAGCAACAUAUUUGAAUCAGGCUGGUAAUUCGGGUAACCCAGGUAGCGCAGAUUUUUAAUGACAUAUCUAAAGAUAUGUAACAGCCAAAAUUCUGCCAAUGAGAAAUUUUCCUGUUUGAUAUUCUUACAGAAGAUGUUUAUGUCCACCAUUAUCUCAUCAGGGCUGUGCUGAAUAUUUGCUAAUGAGACUGAUCGUUCCGCUUUUUCUUUCUUAAAAAUUUUUAUUAAAUUAGAGUUAAGCAAAUUAAUUAUAGCUAUCUUUAAGCUAUAAAUGUGUUAACAUGUAUAUAUACCAUUUAUUACGUUCUACUUUAGUGAUAUACCUUAAUUUAGUGGGCUUUGGCAGGGUGGGGGAGGGAGAACGCUCAUUAAUCUCUGAGGAAAACAAAACCUGUUUGUUUUCUACUUGAGUCUAACAUAUGGUCCCAAUUUAUUAAUACUUCUGUUAAAUUUGAUGUCAGGUCAACAUUUUCAGAAUGUAUUUAUUCUCAGAAACAGAACCAGAGAGAAGUUAAAAAAAGGAUAUGUAACUGUUCUUUUAAUGGUGUAAUUGAAAACUUGGUUUAGCAUCUUUUUUUCUUUCUCUUUUUUUUUCUUAAAAUGCCAAUUAAAAUAACUUAAUUAGAAAGUAGCUUAUUUAUUGCAUGCUUAUAUAUUGAUACUGGAAUUGGAAUUGGUUGUUAAUUUCUGUUACUGGCUUUGCUAGAAUUCAUGUGUGCAUAAAUAACACUAAUAUUUAUCAUCUUGGGGGCUGUUCUGUGAUCUAUUACAUGAUUUUUGCUCUCUUUUUAUUUUCCUAAUAUCAAAUGUGUUCUGGCUGAGUGAAUUUGGAUAGAUAUAAUAUGCAAGCUAAUUGGACUUUUUCAUUUUUCUCAUUAAAAAAAGGAAGAAAUAGUCCACUUUUUGCUAGCAUACUAUUCUAAGACUUACAUUAAUUUGGGAAAAGUCAAGGGUCAACACCUUUUUGUGUCUGUGAGGGGCCAGAUAGUAAUUAUUUAGGCUUUGCAGGCUGUGUGAUUUCUGUUGCAGUUAUUCAGCUUUGCCAAUGUAGUGUGAAAGCAAUCAUAGAUAAUAUGUAAAACCUUACUAAUAAAAACAAGCUGGGUUAUUUUGGCACACAGGCAGUAGUUUGUUCCCCUCUCCUAUGAGUUAAUUUGGGUUAACCUUUGUAAGAGAAAUUACAGAUUAUUUUUGUCUUUGUUUAUAGUAUUUUUGUUUAGGGACUGUAGUGGAUUAUGGCCAAGCAGCAGUAGUUAGUUAAGUCUUAAUCAUGAAGGUAGUGGAAACCUAGAAUAAAACUUUUAUACCCUUUUCACUCAUUUCAUAGUAUGUUUGUAUUGCCAUGUUGAAAAGCCAAAUAAAAUAUAAUCCAGUUAAGCAGUGAGCACCCAUUGUUUUCCCAAAAAUAGAGCUCCUUGCUUUGUUUUUUGUUUUUUUCAUUGUGGAAUGGAAUUCAAUAUAAAGAGUUUGUUGUGGACCCCAUGGAAUGUGAUUAAAUUAUUAGCAUAAUAAAAAUACAUCCUAUGAAUUUUA